UCUUAACUGUCGGCUCUGAGCUCCCACGCAAAAACUCAUAUAUUCACUUUCCAUUUUGUAUCAGAAAGCCCAAAUCGGAUCAUAUUUCUUGGCAUUCCCGAGAAUGGAAGUAGCUGUAAUUGAUUGGAAGAAUUUGGAUUCAAGGUUUGUGAAGGAUGACAUUCUUGAACAGUUCAAUGCUCCUCAGUGGGUGGAUUUCUCCGGCGCCGAUGGCGUCGUCGACGACGAAGCUUGGUUCUGCCGACCCGAUUGCAAUCAUCCCAAGACUGUAGAGGAUUUCCAUAAAGCUGCAGCAACCCUAACUCCAAAGCUUCAGAAGUCAUCUGGUGUUUCUGAGAUUCCUCUUAUGAGGGAGCGAAUUCGAAGGAUUUUUGAAGAUAGUGAGAAUCAGAACCCGAACACAGGGACUCCUCCUCGAUUCAAACCUAAGCUUAUGAUGAAGGAGGCAAUCAAGUCGAGUGCGGAGAAGAAGACUGUUGAUGAUAACUCAUUGCCAAAGGAACAGACUCCAAGGUUGAGAAGCACCAAUUCUGCAAGGAAUCUGUUUUCUGGUGUGGAUUUGCUGGGCCGGGUGACGGAGUUUUGUAAUGAGUUGAAGAAGUUGACAGUAAGGGCUAAGGAGAAGGAGAGGAUUGGGAAUGAGAAUGUGGAGAGGACUCCAUUAAUGGUGAAUAAACAAGAGGUGAAAGGGGAGUUUAGUGAUGAAAACAAAGAUUUGGCUGAGAUUGAAAAGGAGAAGACUCCACUGUUUGAAUUGAGUGUAAAGAAGAAUGAUACAAUGGGAAAGAACAUUCUCAAAGAAAAGCAGAGAAUGAAGCAAAGAAAUGAAAAUGCAGAAAACACCCCAAUCACCAUUGAUGUGAAGAGCGCUAAGCGGACUGGAGAUGAGAGCUUAUCAUCACAAAUCCGGACGUGCCCUCCAACGCCUCAAUGUUUCUCAGCCAGCCAUGGCCCCCGAUCAACCAAAGCUGCUACUCCACCUAAGGCUUUUCGCUCAAGGCCUCCGGAAAUGAUGCAGGGAAGAGGAAUUCUCCAAGAGUUGGGAAAAAGCAGCAGGAAUGAUAGAAAGGAGGAACCUGGAAACAAAAUUAAAGAUGGAGGAAGAAGAGAAGCUUCUUCUUCUGCUGUCAUUGAAAGUGAAGCAAGAGGGUUAGAUGUCUUCUGGUUCUUAAAGCCCUGCACACUUUCUACCUAAAUCUGCAUAUACUAUAUUUUUAAAUUCUAUGAUUCAUUCAUUCUUUUCUUCUUUGUUUACUCAUAGAAAUCCUUAGAUGUUGGCAGUUAGAAAUGUCUGCAGUGCCAUUGUCUUUAUUCUUUCUGUUAUUUGAGGGAACAUAAGUUGUAACCAUCAUCUUAUAAUACUUUGAUUUACAAAAUCACCCGC